AGCCUACUACAACAAGAGGCAACGAAACAGGGACCCAAAAACAGUCAGUUCACUUUUACUUGCGAAUCGGAAACUUCCAACAACGUGGUCUGGCCAGAAGAUCAACGCAGAAUGGCAGCACGUCCAAUGCAUCCCGGCCAACGAGCGCCACCUAUGACUUCUGGAAAAGCAGCAUAUGAUCCUCCGGCGCCGCCAAACACGGCGCCGAACCCGAAUCAAGCCCCUCCCCAAACGACUCAAGCGAAACCACCUCGCCCCAAGCGCCCCGCAGCCAUGUAUUACGCCAAAGCCGAACGUGAGCGACGCAGGAAGCAAGAGGGUCAGAAUAUCCACAAUCCUCCCGCACCCAGCGACAUGUGGAUUUGUGAGUUCUGUGAGUACGAGGCCAUCUUCGGCACCCGCCCCGAAGCCUUGAUCCGAUCCUACGAAAUCAAGGACCGAGCGGAGCAAAAGCGCAUGGAGGAGAAACGCCGGCUCCUGGAGAAGGCGCGUAUGAGGGGCAGGCGUGGCAAGAAGGGCAAGAAGGGGAAAGGCGCUAACCCCAAUGCCAAUGCAGCUGGCGUCGAUGCGAAUCAGGGCAAACACACCCACGGUGAUGGCAUGGAACACCAAGCAAGUGGAAGCGGAAGCUCGGCACAAGCCGUUCCAGGGGGGGAGCAGGACUAUGAGGAGGAGUUCUUCGAAGAUGACGGCUACGAAGGCGGCGGGUACGACGAGACGAUGCCACCGGGGGCUUUGCCUCAUACUCCAUCGAACCGAUUCCAGGUUCAUUGUGAGGCUUGGACACAAAGCACCGUGACCCUCAGACCUCUAUCACUCGAUCGAUUUCCUUUUAUCGUUAUCAGCCUUAUCCCUCCACUCCGCAUCUCAACCCUUCUAUUCCCCUUCCCCGAUCGACAUCAUUACCCUGAGCAAUCCAUGCUGAGGCGAACCACUGGCCGUUCCACGCAUCUGCUAACUCUGGCACUUCUUAGCUUUCUUGUUCACGCGCCAGGAAAGAUCAUGGAAGCAAUCAAGCGAUGGGAUGGUCGGCGGGCCCUUUACAAUUUCUUUGAACCGAGAACGUCUCCCGACAUGGCCUCGAUGUCAUGAUGUCAACCCCGAAGACCUGGCGAGGUAUCUCAAACCCCUAGCAUAACCACGAUGAGUGGCAUUCGGUUUUUGGAAAGGCUGGUUCAAUCUCGAAUACGGCCAAGGUUACCAUGGAUAGCGAGAGAAAUCCUCGAUUACCCUAGAACAAUCAAGCCUCUCCUGCGUAUCAUAUCAUUCCAGACAUUUCGGUCUCACGGCGUCACAGGUUAGCGUUUAUUGUGACAUAUCAUUUGCCGGCCCACCACCAUUGAUUGAGCGAUUUAUUAUCAGUGCCAUGACACUUUCUGAUUUCCUGACCCCGUAUCACAUGCAUUCCCACUCAGCGGCUCGAUUUCAGACCUCA